ACCCAAAACAACAUGGAGAAAAAAAACUAACUGAGCAUGACUCGUCAUCUUUUCCAACUCUCUUUCUUCCCCUUGUUCUGCUGACGCGCCGGUCCGUUGGUCGCCUCCUAUCUGCUCGCUCGCCCGGUCCGGCCUCCGUCCAUGGCGAUGGCGGAUGAUGAGGACAAAGGAGAGUUGCGCAGCCGCCUGGAUUGGACCCAAGAACCCGGCGACCCGUGGCGACCGGCGACAUGGCCGGCGGUGGCGGAGAGGAGGAGUGGGAGGGCCCCCCCGGCUACGUGCUCUCGCUCCCGGCGGUGGCGCCGCUCCUGCCCGUCGCCGUCUCCUGCCUCGACGCCACCGUCCGGCGCAAGAGGCGCAGCCGUCCCCGCCUCCGUGCCCAGCCGUCGGGCUGGUGGGCCUUCAAGCUCCCCGUCCCCGCGCCGGAGGAGGCAAAGGGGCCGGUUCUCCCAGCGUCGGUGGUUAAUAAUCCGUCUGAGGAGGCUCGUCCACAGAGCCUGUGCGUGCGCCAGGCGCCGUCGCCAGACCCAUACACCCCCGCGGCGGCAGAGGAGAGGCCGGUUAAGAGUGUGAGGAUGUGCCUGCAGUGCGGCGCGGUGGUGACGCCGCAGUGGAGGUCGGGGCCGAUGGGGCAGGGCACGCUCUGCAACGCCUGCGGGGUCCGGCUGAAGGUGGCCGGGGCACUGCGGGGGCAGGUGCGGCACCGCCCCGCGCCGAGGACGGCCGCCCGACCGCCCCCGGACAGCCCGGCCUCGGAGUCGUCGCCUGACAGCCCGAUCUGGGAGCCCGGGUCAGUUCCCGACGUUUACCUGGUGAGGAAGAUGCCUCUGAAGCAGGGGAGACCUCCGCCACCGUCGCCGAUGCCCGCGCCGCCGCCGCCAGCGCCAGCGGUGUACCUCGUCAAGAAGAAGAGGAAGAAGACGCCGGCUUCGGUGGCCUCGGCGAAGAAGCCGUGGCGGCCCCCGAAGUCCGCGAAGCAGUGCCUGCACUGCGGGUCGUCGUCGACGCCACAGUGGCGGGAAGGCCCGCUGGGGCGUAGCACGCUGUGCAACGCGUGCGGCGUGCGGUACAGGCAGGGGCGGCUGCUGCCGGAGUACCGGCCGCUGGCGAGCCCCACCUUCGAGCCGUCGGAGCACGCCAACAGGCACAGCCAGGUGCUGCAGCUUCACCGGCAGCGGAGGAGCGGGAGCCAGAGCCACCACCACCAGCAGCAGCACCCUCUGCCCGUGGAGAAGCACCCUCCGCGACCCACAGCCGCGCUCCAGUUUCCCCAGCGGUGGCACGUGAAGGAGGAGUACCCGCCGACGCCGCCCCACCAGCCUCUACCGCACCCGGUGGUGGCCGGCAGCCUCGCCGCCGGCGAGCUGCGCGUUGGGGGCAUGGUCGACGCGGCGGCAGAUGCGGACGCCGAUGCAGGACACGGCGGCGGCAACGGCAAUGGCCUGAGCAACGCGCCGAGCUCUCUGGACUCGCUCCUGCUGGAGGGCCCGUCGGCGCCGCUGCUUGUCGACGACGACGAUCCCUUGAUCGAUUAGCUAGCCACUAGCCAGAGCCUACUAGGGGCAAUCCGGCUUCCAGCCUAGCCGAUUUGAGAGAAUAGUAAUCUUCUUGGACCUUCUCUUUCCUGUCUCGGCAACUUCAUCGUCUUUGGUUGUGCGUAUCUCUGUUCAUCUUUCGGCAAAGUUUUUCGUGUAACUUCAUCAUCGUCAAAUGGCAGAAUUUGUACCAAUGCUUAGGUGCUGUCGUAACAGAGAUGAUAAUGGAUGGAUAAUGGCAUAAUGGCAUAAUGGCACUGGCAUGAUCGACC